CUGAGGUAGCCCAGAACCAGAGUGCAGGAGCCUGCUGAUGCUGUCUUCUUCCGUUGUAAAAUAGCGCUCCAUCUCACUUGUUGGCUUUACCGUGGUGCACGGACUUCUCAGGCCGCUCUCCUGUUCUUGUUUCGCGCGAUUGAGACGAAAGGGAAGACAGCUUCAGGGAACCCUGCAUUUUAACAACAGACCCUCUCUUGAACACGGAACAAUUGUUUACUUUUAGAUGGCCUGGCAGACUCCACCUGCCAUGGCUGGUAACGGGGAGAUGAGUGGGGGAAACAUGGAUAACAACAAUGGCGGACGUCCGCAGGGAACAGAGUACACCCUACAAGGGGUAAUGCGAUUUCUCCAGUCCGAGUGGCAUCGACAUGAAAGGGAUCGUAAUGCUUGGGAAAUUGAGCGAGCGGAAAUGAAAUCAAGAAUUGGCAGACUUGAAGGCGAUGCUCGGACGAGCAAACGCAUGCACGAGUCCUUGGGAAAGCAUGUAAAAAUUCUUGAAAUCGCGCUCAAGAAGGAAAGGGAAAAGGUCAAGAAACUCGCAGUUGGAGAGAAAGUCGACCUCGGUACCGAUCCCAAAGACCUGGCCAAAGAAAGCCUGAAGGACCUUCAGACCCAAUUUCCCAAGCGUACUGGUCUAGAUGUUGAGGUUGACCAGGACGACCCAACCCAUUCGGCUAUGCACCAUGAUACUGAGCGCGAUAAAUCUCGAAAUUUCCUUGGAAAAUGCUCCCAAGAGGUUGCGUAUCACAUAAUUCCCGGGUACCAUCCACCUCUUGACCUUCAUGAGCCCCCUGAGAUCUUCCGCAGCAGGCACCACAUGCAACAACAAGAACCCUAUGCUCAGCCGCAUCACCCACAACAGGGUCAAGGCCAGUCGGCGCAAAUGCAUUUGAAACAGUCGCAACCUAACCAUGUUAAUAUGGUUCGGGAGCCUUCUAUACAUCAGCAUAUGCUUUCCAACUAUCCUGAGAACAGCGGUUACACUGCAUCAGAGAGUCACCCGCCGGGAGUGCCACGCGAGAUACUAGAGAGGAGAGCAUAUGAACAACAGCGCAUGCCUGGACCCCCGUUGGAUGGACGAAAGGGAGCCUUUGAAGACUUACCUGUCUCUGAGGGACCUCGCCGUGAUGCGGAAGGACGAUCAUUUGAUUCGUUUAAUAAACCAUCUGAAGAACAAUCGGACCGCCGCUCUCUGCCUUCGGAUAGUAUUUUUGUUGACGAAGCUGACGGAUGGAACUUUGAUGAACCUUCCCUGAGCGAACCGCCAUCCGCCACGGCUCAACCUCACCGACCAGAUCAAGAUGCCUUUCCUAAUGCAAAUUUUGUGAGCCCUAAAUCGCUUCCGCGGGCUGGACCAGGUUCUCACCGGAGGAAAAGCUCUGGUUCGAGAAGACGCAGCGAUGGAAGCAUUGAUCUAAGGGAGGGAGCUGGAUUAGAAGUACAAAGACUGGAACCGUCCAAUUUCAAGGUCCGGUUUGCUUUGCGCGGUCAUCUCGAUGUGGUCCGAUCUGUCAUUUUUACUGGUGGCGGAAGCCCUUCAGAACCCGAAGUCUGUACUUGUGGUGAUGAUGGAACGAUCAAGCGGUGGAUCCUCCCGGCGACUUAUGGUAGCUUUGGCCCUAACAGUGCAUCAUCAGGUAAUGACCUUGAUAUCACCAGUUACUUUACACAUAGGGGUCACAGUGGUUCGGUAACCUGCCUCGCCGCGUGUCCAGCCUCCCGAGACUUCUCCAAUGGUGGCCGAGCCCUUGGAGAUGGCUGGGUAUUUUCUGGAGGACAAGAUGGAACUGUCAGGGUUUGGGAGCGCGGUAGGGUCGACGCUAAGGCAACAUUGGAUGCCCAUACAGAUGCAGUCUGGACUUUAUGCGUGUUGCCUGGCACUUCCGGUUCAAUUCUCGGAGAUCGUAGUAGCCUCUACGGUGGUGCAGAUCGCAUACUGCUUGCUUCGGGUGCUGCAGAUGGAAAGAUCCUGAUAUGGGCAGUCAGUUCCCCGCCACAAUUGAGUUCUCCACAGGCGAGUUCACGAAGAGCUGGUGGAAGUAGAAGAGCAAACUCCAUUUCCUCAGGAUCAAACUUCCCUUCAUCGCCUCAGCCAAGCACCGCAACAGCAACGCCAUUCCAUUAUGCCCUGGUUCACCAUAUCGUUCGACCCGAUUUCCCUUCUCCCACCUGUAUCAGUCCUCUGUCCUUGGCCGGCGUGAACUUCGUGGUGUCAUACGCUGAUGCCUCUGUCCUCGUCUAUGACACGCGAACUGGAGAGCAAAUCGUCGGCAUGGCAAGCCUGGAAACUUAUGAUGGGACUCGCUCCACUGGUGUCAACUCUGUGGUGGCCAGUACUAUUGGCUUUGACGGCACUGCUGGAUUGGACCCCAAUAGACCGCUGGCUGAAGAAGAAACAGUUGUGCAUGGUGCCACAGGCACAAGUGGUGGAGUUGAAGGUGUUAUCAUUAGUGGCUACGAGGACCGCUAUAUCCGUUUAUUUGAUGCUAAUAGUGGCCAAUGCACUUACACCAUGCUUGCUCAUCCUGCGGCCAUCUCCUCGCUCUCUUUAUCCCCUGAUGGGCGGGAGCUCGUUUCUGCCGGACAUGACGCAAGUCUUCGCUUCUGGUCCUUAGAAAAGCGCAGUUGCACCCAGGAAAUCACAAGCCACAGACUCAUGCGAGGUGAAGGAGUCUGCUCUGUUGUUUGGAGUCGUGACGGAAGGUGGGUUAUCAGCGGAGGUGGGGAUGGAGUGGUUAAAGUCUUUGCAAGGACCUGAGCACAUACAUGAGUGAACCUUUCUAGCUCUUUGAAGCCAUUUCACCCCUAAAAUCACAUAUGAUGCAGAGGGCUCCCAGUUCAUACGCAGGAGUUGUUUAUGUGUGUUUCCCCAUGAUUACCUUUUACAGCUGGGAACUUCACACGUGACGCAACAAGUUUCUCGCCCUCCUUUUCACCCUGGACUAUUUGGAAAGUCCUUACCAAUCUACUAAAUGCUUGGGAUUUUAGAAGCACAUAUUCCCAAGAAAUCUUUCAUUGCAGAGGUUCUUCGCCUUGGUUUACAGUUCUUCUCUAUGCAUACCUGGGCUUGGUCUCUUGCCUUUCACGAUACCCUGAAAAAUCAACAAUCUCCUGCUCUACCAUGCAAUGGGGUGUGCUUUUUACUGAUACUGUAUCCCAUAUUCCCCAUAUUCCCUUUUACAAUGUCCAUGAAUGUUACCCUUAAUGUCAAAAUACCAAUAUGUUGUUCUCCUAAGCACCUCAUGCCUUGUCCCAAACCCCCUGAAUAUUCUUCUUCAACUUCUGUAUAACAUAAAUUCUUUACUGCCGGCUUGUCUUCAUGGUAUUAUUGCAUUUUAAUGAACUGCCUGUGACAUGCCCUUAUCUCGUUCAGAUUUCAUUCCCAAAGUUUCUUGUUACAUGGAUAUGAAAGAUAUUAUGGAAUCUAGCAUAUGAUUGGAGCCAGCCUUCAAUAAUAUGAAACGAUCUUAAGAGCUUCAA